CUCAAAGGCUUCAUUGUGUCGGGGAUUGAAUGGGGGAGUUUGCGUUUUGUAGAAGUCCGUCUGUUAUCAUCUACACGGCACGGAUUAACUGGCCUGUCCAAGCCAUGCGCGUUAUCAUGCCGCAAACCUCCAGCGGUGCCUCUGUUGUGCUUGAUACAGAUAAAUGCGCUGCGCUUCUGAUCCGCUGCCGUUGAGUGAACGAUGCUCAACAUCUCCCAAAAAUGAACGGAGGGCCAGACACUUACAACAAUGUUGGGAUGCUAUUGUCGAAGUCUCGCAUCUGAUACAGAGCUCUGCGGGUUUGCAUCGAUGGAGAGCUUGUCUAGUUGCCUAUAAAAAAACCCGGACUAUAUUUUUGCUUCAGUUCUGCCUCUUGCUUAUAUUUCGGAUUUCACUACGUUUUGCGAAAGGGUUUGCCGUCGUUGGGCAUCACCAGCAAGACCAGACAAAAACAUGGGGAACGCAGAAAGUAUGGAUGCUCAGCUCACAGAUUUUAGGGCGAGGGGUAGCAAACCUCCUAAACUGCCCAUGCCGGACCCUGCCGAACUGGAGGAAAGAUUUGCAAUCGCAUUGAACUCUAUGAACCUUCCUCCGGAUAAAGUGAGACUCCUUAGACAGUAUGACAAUGAAAAGAAAUGGGAGCUGAUCUGUGAUCAGGAAAGAUUCCAAGUCAAGAAUCCUCCACAUACUUACAUCCAGAAGCUCAGGAGCUUUUUGGACCCUGCUGUCACUAGAAAGAAAUUUAGGAGGCGUGUUCAGGAGUCGACUCAGGUGCUGAGAGAGCUGGAGAUAUCUCUUAGGACCAAUCACAUUGGGUGGGUGAGAGAGUUUCUCAAUGAGGAGAAUAAAGGGCUUGAUGUUCUGGUGGAGUAUCUGUCCUUUGCCCAAUAUGCUGUCACGUUUGAUGGAGAUGUAACUGAGAGCAGUCAAGGUGAGAUUUCCGUGGAGACCCCCUGGAGCAGGUCAAUAGAAGAUCUCCAUGGCGACAGUAAUUUACCCUCACCUGUUAGCGGCAGCAGCAGCAUACCGCGAUCCACACGGCAUUCCUUAAGGUCUAAUACGUUGCCCAGUCGCAGAACACUGAAGAAUUCCCGUUUGGUGUGUAAGAAGGAUGAUGUUCACGUCUGCAUCAUGUGUCUCCGAGCCAUAAUGAACUAUCAGUACGGCUUCAACAUGGUCAUGUCCCACCCACACGCUGUCAAUGAAAUCGCACUGAGCCUUAACAACAAAAAUCCCAGGACCAAAGCUCUGGUCCUGGAGCUGCUGGCCGCUGUGUGUCUGGUCAGAGGAGGACACGAGAUCAUCCUCGCUGCUUUUGACCAUUUCAAAGAGGUCUGCUCAGAAUCCCAAAGGUUUGAGAAAUUAAUGGAACACUUUAAAAACGAAGACAACAAUAUUGAUUUCAUGGUGGCAUGUAUGCAGUUUAUCAAUAUCGUGGUGCACUCCGUAGAAGACAUGAACUUCAGAGUUCAUCUGCAGUAUGACUUUACCAAGCUUGCUUUAGACGACUAUCUAGAGAGGCUGAAACACACUGAGAGUGAUAAACUCAAAGUGCAGAUCCAGGCUUACUUAGAUAACCUGUUUGAUGUCGGGACGCUUUUGGAGGAUGCAGAGACCAAAAACGCUGCCCUGGAACGUGUGGAAGAACUGGAGGAGAGCCUCUCACAUAUGAACGACAAACUCUUGGAAACAGAGAAUGAGGCCAUGUCUAAAAUCGUGGAGCUUGAGAAGCAGUUGAUGCAGAAAAACAAAGAGUUGGAUACUGUACGGGCUGUUUACAGGGACAGCAGCUCUCAGGUUCACACGCUCCGGCGGAUAGUUCGAGAAAAGGACGAGGCCAUUCAGAAGCAGUCUACGCUGGAGAAGAAACUUCAUGAGCUCGAGCGCCGUGGCAGUCUCCAGAUCCAGGUGAGGGGUGAGGGAGACGGGGAAGGAGACGUGUCUCCGCUGCCGUCGCCGCCUCAGCCCAUGCCUCUGUCUCCCUGCCCCGACUCACUAGCUGGAGCCUGCGCCGGUGCGGCGUACAGCUCUGGAAGCUCUUCUCAGACCGGCACUCUUCGGCAAAUGGCCACGCCUCCCCCUCCGCCUCCUCCACCACCACCAAUGACACCAAUGUCGUCUAUUCCUAAUGGACCUUCUCCAGAUCUCGCACCUGCAGCAUUGCCGCCUCCGCCUCCCCCACCCCCCCCUCCUCCUCCUGGUCAUUCUAUCGAGAUCUCUGCUCCCUUACCCCCACCUCCCCCUCCUUGUGCCCCUCCCCUCCCAGGCAGCGGCACACCCACUGUCAUAUUCAACUCGGGCUUGACAGAUGGACCGAUCAAACUCUUCUCCGUUAAAAUUAAAAAGCCUAUCAAAACCAAGUUUAGAAUGCCAGUGUUCAAUUGGGUGGCUUUGAAACCCAACCAGAUCAACGGAACUGUCUUCAAUGAAAUUGACGAUGAGAGAAUCUUGGAGGAUCUGAAUGUGGAUGAGUUUGAAGAAAUGUUCAAGACCAAAGCCCAGGGCCCUGCUGUCGACAUGACAAUGCAAAAGCAGAAAGCUCCUCAGAAGGCCCCCAACAAAGUGUCACUACUGGAGGCCAACAGGGCCAAAAAUCUCGCCAUCACACUCCGCAAAGCAGGAAAGAGCCCAGAGGAGAUCUGUAAAGCAAUCCAGACGUUCGACCUGCGUACGGUCCCGGUGGAUUUCACCGAGUGUUUGAUGCGGUUCAUGCCAACCGAAACCGAGGUGAAGGUUCUCCGGCAGUACGAGCGUGAGCGGCGGCCGAUAGACGGCCUCACCGUUGAGGACCGCUUCAUGAUGAUCUUCAGCAAGAUCGAGAGGCUGCCGCAGCGGAUGACCAUCAUGGCCUUCAUGGGCAACUUCAGCGACAGCAUGCUGAUGCUCACGCCGCAACUUCAUGCUAUCAUAGCAGCCUCUGUUUCCAUAAAAUCAUCACAGAAAUUGAAGAAAAUACUUGAGAUCAUUUUGGCACUGGGGAAUUACAUGAACAGCAGUAAAAGAGGAGCUGUUUACGGCUUUAAGCUGCAGAGCUUGGAUCUGCUGUUGGAGACCAAGUCCACAGACAGGACGCAGACACUUUUGCACUACAUAGCCAAUGUGGUCAGGGAGAAAUAUCCCAUUGUGAGCGUUUUCUACAACGAGAUACAUUACGUUGAAAAAGCUGCUGCAGUCUCCCUAGAGAAUGUCCUGCUAGAUGUGAAAGAGCUUCAGAGAGGGAUGGAACUCACCAAAAGAGAGUACAGCAUGCACGGCCACAACUCUCUGCUCAAAGACUUCAUCCAUCAUCAUGAAGCCAGGCUGAAGAAACUCCUGGAUGAUGCUCGGAUCGCACAGGAUGCCUAUGACGAUGCUGUCAAGUUCUUCGGAGAGAGCGCCAAGACCAUGCCACCUUCAGUAUUCUUCCCUGUGUUUGUUCGCUUCAUCAAGGCUUACAGGCAAACGAAUGAAGAGAACGAGCAGAGAAAGAGACAAGAGCAGCUGAUGAUGGAGAAACUUUUGGAACAGGAGGCAUUGAUGGAGGAAAACGAAAAUCAACAGCAAUCACCAUCUCACAAGGGGAAGCGACAACAACAGGAGCUCAUUUCCGAGUUACGGAAGAGGCAAGGAAAAGACAGCCGCCACGUCUACGAAGGCAAAGAUGGAGCUAUCGAGGACAUCAUCACCGACCUGCGCAGUCAACCCUUCCGACGGGCUGACGCCUUGAGGAGGAGUGCGAGAAGGAACUUUGAGGGCCAGCACCUUCAGCUGCUCAACGUGGAGAUCACCACCUGUUAAGCAAGCUCUAUCACCCUUUGAGGAAAGUGGUCGGGCCAACUCCAUUAAUACAAAGAUAACAAGCACACGAUCUUUAUUCCAUCUCUGUUUUGGACUACGGAGGGAUGGGUACAUGUUUUUCUAAGAGACAUUAGACAUUUCUGCAUGAAGUAUUACACCUGGGAUCUGGAUAUAAUAGUUUAAAGGGAGGAUAACUAACGUCAAGUGUUCAAAUGCUGUGGAGUCUGUGAAUAUGGACGUUGUAAAGGCAGAUAUGUUUCAUUCUGUUGAACUUGUAGGGAGGAAGUUUUAAGUACAGGAAAGGACCAGAUACAUGAAGAGCAGAAAUGGCGAAUGGACUUCUUGGAUCAACCUGGCCCUCUUAUGGCAUUUACCAAAAACUGUGCCAUGCCUCUGGUUUUAAUUGUUUGCUUAUGUGUGGCACAAACUCCAAGCUGAGCAGCUUUUUUUUAUGAAGGACUUUACAAGAUGCACUUUUAUUUUUUAACAUUGAACUUUUAUCAUUUUAAAACUUUGGUUGAAAAAAGUAAGUGGAUGAUUGGUGAAAGGAAGGCUCGAACAUGAGCUAGACUUGAUACCGUUCUGAGGACAUUUCCUCUUUAUUGACUGAAAGCAUCCCAUGAAAUGUUGCGAUUAAUAUGUUUACUAAUAAGUGUUCACAAGCGAUGUGACAUUGUAUGUACGAUACAUCUCGUUUUAAAUCUCAGAUUUUCUCUCCUACUGGUUUUAUCUCAUUUGACAUUUGUGAGCUGUGGAAAAAAAAAGAGUUUGCUGUUUUUUUUAAACAAAGACAUUUCAUUGGACAAAAAAAGUCUUUUUUUUAAAUGUACAGAUAUUUUGCUACAAAAUUGAGCCUCUUAUUUUUUACGUUGUUCAUCCAUUGUGGUGCUGUACAUAUUGUUAAAACAAACCGACAUCUCCUGCAAUUUCUCUGAAAUGUUAUUAACUUUUAUGUUGUUUAGUAUGACGGUAUUAUUUAAAUAGAUGGUGAAGACGGUGAAUCAACUUAAUCUGUGACCUGAAUUGCUCUCAUCACUGUUGUUGCAUAUGAUAAAUGUCUGUGGUUGCACGUAACACUUGAAAGCUUGAACAGACACUAGUGGCACAUAUAACUUUUUUUGUACUUUGAUCUCUUAAAACAAACUGGAAUCGAUGGUUGUGUGCAAAUAAACAAUGACA